AUGGCUCGCACAGCUGCUUUCGUGCCUGGUACUGCUGCAGCGUGUGUCGUGGCUGGUGCGGCGCAGGUUUGGGCCAAGAAGGUCGACACACCCUCGCCCGUUGACGCUGCCGACCCCGUUCCUGCCUCUCCUCCCAAAGCGGACGACCCCCUCUUCCCCGAAAUCGUCGGCGCACCCGCCGCAGGAGCCGCGCCCGCACUGCCUCCGUACGAGGGGAUCGAGUACAAGCUCGGCCCGUUCCAUGUGCGACCUGCCGAGAUGAAGAUGGAGGGCGUGAUGCUCUCCCUCAUCGCGGGCUACCUCCUCACGACCUUCAUCAUUCGCAAGUCGAACGCCUCCUGCGCGUCGACAUGGCUCAAGGCGAACGAGGCAGCGUUCCGGGAAGAGUUCGCUGGCGUCGGAUUGGGGAAAGGACAGCUCUUUGCGAUGGACGGCGGAGACGAGGCUGUCUCGUACGCGACGGGCAGGCGGGCGGUUGAGCAUGUGUGGACAAAGGUCAGGACCAAUGGGCAGGACCUCCUCGCGAGGCUGUAUCACAUCGUCCGCGGCAUCAUCGACUACCAGUACGACUCGGGUUCGGACAAGGUGACCGUCGAUUUCAAGCUUGCCGAGCCAAAGGGCACGCCUGGCGCCAAGCUCUGCUUCGCGGUUGUCAAGCGCGACGUCCUCCGCAAGACCCGUGACGCUCGCUGGGACCUUCGAACGUUCACCGCCGUAACCGAAGCGACCGGUGUCGCCCCCUCGCUUAUCGCCAUGACCGAGUCGGGCGACGUGACGAAUGCGCUCCUCAAGGACCAGGAGACUGGUCUCCUUGACGCUCUGCAGGAGGGCGCCGAGGGUCUCGAGUGGCUCGAGAGCCUGGUCGUUUCCGACAUGCCUGCUCAGACGCCGGACGAGGAGAAGCCGAAGCUGCCCGAGAACGAGUACCACCUCACCCUCACCUUCCGCCUCCCGCCCUCCUCCCGCUCCGCCGAGACCGCGCCGUGGAUCUCGCUUGCGUGCAACAUCGCCGACAUCCUCUACUCGAAGCAGAAGCUUGUGCCCGAAACGGCCAUCAACAAGCUGAAGAAGCGCCGCGCCGAUGCACUCGAGACUCUCCUCAAGCCCUUGCGCGAGGAGGAAGCCGAGCGUGUUGAGGAGGCCAAGCAGGACGCGAUUGCUCUCAAGCGCAAGAUGGAGGCCGACAAGCGCGAAUCGCUCCUCCGCAAGAUGACGCCCGCCGAGCGGAUGAAGUUCCAGAAGAAGGAGGAGGAGAAGGAGCGCAAGAAGAUGAUGAAGGCGCAGGUGAAGCGACAAAGGUGA